CAUGAAUAUUCUGCCAGAAAGUUUCUCUUAGGAGCGUUUUGGUCAGAUCGCUUACCUUGAGCCAUAAUAAGUCUAAGUUAUGUCAGUAUUUCCUUCAGUUGUACCCAUGUAGGAAAUUUGAAGAGAAACAAAUCCUUUUCAGGACGUUUUUUUAAGUUAUAAUGUCUCUGUUUGCUGUGAACAGAUACCUUGGAGAAGGUGGUGAAGAGAGUGUCUCGCACAAAGAGUCUCGGUCCAAAAUUUUGUUGGCGAGGCUACAGCAGAAAGCAAAAGAAAGGGAGGGACAGAGUUUGAUAAACUCCAGAGAACAUCUCCCCGACGGCCGGACAGUUUUGCAGGAGGCCAAGAAGAAAAGAAAACAGGAAGAGGACAGCAGUCAAGAGCACAAAAAACAUUCAAAGAAGAGGAAAGGAGAAUUAACUCGGACUGCACCUUCGCCUCUUCCCGAAACUGUCAGCCAACUGGAGUUGGUUGGAAAGAAGAAGAAAGGGGAAAAAAAGAAACAGAAGAAGAGUGAUCAGUCAGAAAAUUUAGUAGAAGUUCUUCCUGACACUACUGUAAAGGAUGAACAUAGAGAGACUGAAAGUUCAGAAGAAAAGGAAGAAAGACAGAGUGACCACAACAAAAAGGAUGCAGAACAAGACGAGAAGGAUGGGAAGAUAGCUACCCAGACCAGCUUCAAAAUCCUCGGAGGAUUUGAGAAUAAACCUGUCCGAAAGGUGCACAGAGUCCUGCCCCAGUGGCUUGCCCAGCCUGAUGUGAUACAAAGAGACAUCAAAAACAACCUGGUUCCUGUCUCUGAAGUUCAAGGACUUUCUGCUAACCUUAUGAGGAAGCUAGAAAGUAAUGGAAUCCAACACUUCUUCCCAGUUCAAGCAGAGGUCAUCCCGGCCAUUUUGGACUCGGUUCGCCAGGGGCUGUUGAUCGGACGAGGCGGUUACAAGCCCAGGGAUAUAUGUGUGUCAGCACCAACAGGGAGCGGGAAAACUCUUGCGUUUGCCUUACCCGUCAUACAGGCGCUGAUGGAGCGGGUGGUGUGCCAAGUCCGGGCUUUGGUUGUGUUGCCAACCAAAGAGCUUGCUCAACAGGUUUACAGAGUAUUCACAUCGUACUGCGAGGGCACCAAUCUAAAAGUUGUCAUGCUGGCUGGUCACAAGUCCUUUGCUGUGGAGCAGGCUUCACUUUUAGAAAACAGAGGCGGAAUGACACGGAGUUUGGCAGACAUUGUUGUGGCGACCCCUGGCCGACUGGUUGAUCACAUCAACAAGAACUCUGGCUUCUGUCUGGACCACCUCAGAUUCCUUGUAAUUGAUGAGGCCGACCGGAUGAUUGACAGCAUGCAUCAGUCUUGGCUUGGUCAAGUCACCAAGGCGGUGUUCAGGUCAGGAAGUGGCCCCGAAGCCACUUCCCUCUUCAGGAGGACUGAGCCCACGCACAUCACAGCAGCCAGCCUUUCCCCACCCCAGAUGCCCCUGCAGAAGCUCCUGUUCUCCGCCACACUCACACAGAACCCAGAGAAGUUGCAGCAGCUGGGCCUCCAUCAGCCCAGACUCUUCAGCUCCGUUCACAGUCACUGCUCCCCAUCUGCCACCGCCACAGGUCAUCCUGGCACACAAGGAGGCGCGCCCCAAACACAGGAGCGAUUCAUCGUCCCUGAAGGUCUAACAGAAUACUAUGUGCCUUGCACGCUCAGCAAAAAGCCCCUCAUCAUCCUCCACUUCAUCCUGCGUCUGAAGUUCAGUCCCAUCUUGUGCUUCACCAACUCCAAAGAAGCGGCACACAGGUUGCGUCUGCUACUGCAGCUCUUCGGUGGAGUGGAGGUGGCCGAGUUCUCCUCCCGACUCUCUCCCGCUGAAAGGAAGAAGACACUGAGGGAUUUUGAGCGUGGAAAGAUCCAGCUGUUGGUCAGCACAGACGCUGCUGCCAGGGGCAUUGACAUCGACGGGGUCAAGUACGUCGUGAACUACGAUGCUCCACAGUACAUUCGGACAUACAUCCACAGGGCCGGCAGAACCGCGAGGGCUGGAAAAGUGGGCCUGGUCUUCACCUUCCUGCUGGGAAUACAGGAGAGGAAGUUCCUUCAGAUGGUUCAGGAUGCAGGCAGUCCUGGGAUCCGAAAGCAGAUAGUCCGACCCGGGAACUUGCAGAGUAUGGAGGAGCGCUACGAACAGGCACUGCAGAAGCUAGCCACUGUUGUAAAGCCCGGCGCUCCGUGCGCGCCUCAGAAGUUCGGCGGAGACCCGGUGACUGCGGCGGAGACCCCCCGGACUGCCCUGGAGACCCCCCGGACUGCCCUAAACUCCAGAUUUGGCAACAGGUCCGUGUCGCGAGGCGUGAGGUUCCGGCUGCCCUCGGUGGAGCUGAGGAGCUGCUGCUGCUGCUGCUGCACCGUUUCUUCUGAGCUGCUGCACCCUUUUCUUCUGAGCUGCUGCACCUUUUCUUCUGAGCUGCUGCACCGUUUCGUCUGA